AGGCAUUUUGGCUCAAGCCUGGCCCAAAAGCCAGGGAGUUCCUCGGAGGAGGAACAGGUGCACAGGACCACCUGGGCCUCCGCGCGGCUUCCAAGAUGUCGGCGCCCGAGGGCGGCGCGCUGGCUGCGAAAUGCUUGUGCUGGAAAGUUCGGCGGCCUUGAGCUCGACCCCGUGCUCGGCAGCGGGGCGGUUGUCCUGGUGGACGCGGAGUGGGUGGUGGAGCGGGCGGGCUCCGGCGGAACCCUCGAGCCGCGCCAGGCCUUGCCGCCGACUGCGUUCAUGCCCCACAGCGGGGUCAAAGCUGCCAUACCUGACGAUGACUCAAUGCCACUGCUGCACGUCGCUUGUAUCUCACACUGUUGGUUGCAGGCUAAUCACCCCGACCCUCACGGCCACAACGUGCGCAUCCUGAGCCGGGCUUUGCAGCUGAUGUCCGCAGAUCGCAUUCCUGUGUUCAAUGGCCGCUGGGCAGUGUUUAUGGAUUUCUGUUGCAUUCACCAGAACUGCAGGGAUUGCGAGGGCGCCCCUCAGCGGUGCACGUAUCAGCGGCUCGAAGGUUCCGAGUGCUUCGAGGCCAACGCAAUCGGCAAAUUCGAGCGCGAGCGUGAGCUCUUCACGGAUGCCUUGGGCAGCCUGGGGAGUUUCUAUUCCCACCCCGCCACAGUCGUAUUCAUGUUGACACGGUUCCCCGACGAUUAUGACAAUUUUGCAGAAUACACCCGAUCUGGCAACAUUGCGCCUUAUUUCGACCGCGGUUGGUGUUUUUGCGAGUCCUCAUGGGCAAUGUUGACGAAGCUUUCGGUCCUCUUGGUGGACCUCGGACAAGCGACUGGAGACGAGACAGAAUAUUUGGGCAUCUCUGACCGUUCGCUGACGCACACGGGGUCCGCAGGGCGUAAGGCGCCGGCCUUGCCCGACGCCUUCGAAGCGGAGCUCCACAGCAAGAGCUUCACGAACGGCAAGGACGAUCGCCCACGGGUUGCCGAGCUGUACCGGUCGGCGUUCACGCAGCGCUUCGAGUCCGCAGAGUUGCUUCUCUACCAGGGGCUGGGAUGGGGUGACGAGGAGGUCAGGCAGGUGGCCGCGGUGCUUGCUUCGGUCGCCCUGCCGCGCCUGCAGCUGCUCGGCCUCGACGGUAACCGCGUGGGGGACGAGGGCGCGGCCGCCCUGGCGGCGGCCCUCCGGGCCCCGGGCGCCCUGCCGAGCCUGCAGCUGCUCGGCCUCGACGGUAACCGCGUGGGGGACGAGGGCGCGGCCGCUCUAGCGGCGGCCCUCCGGGCCCCGGGCGCCCUGCCGCGCCUGCAGCUGCUCGGCCUCGCCAGCAACCGCGUGGGGGGCGAGGGCGCGGAGGCGCUGCGCGCGGCGUGGGCCGCGGGCGGCCGCCCCGUGGACGGCAGGGUCGAGCUGCCGCACGGCCUCUCCCCCUCGAGGGGCCUGAAGCUCUGAGGGCCUGCGCCCCGCUCGGAGUCUCCGGAGCCCUCGCUGCCCAGGCGCAAUGUGCCGAGUGUUUCAACAGCCUGGUUCCGAUUGGAAGGAAUUGCCACUUUGGCACGCUAGGUUUGGUAGUCUCGGCUCCAUCAUUCAGGAUCGCCGAGCUUGCAAAGCAUGUGCCAUACCGUUUUUGCGCGAGGUGUCUCGGUAUCCUAACGCUGGACCGCCGAGCAUAGUAGGGCAGGUAUUUUCCGAAGGCUUCUCGGCCCCGGGUGUAGUUCUUUUUGGUUUGAUGGAUGGGCGCGGCGGAGGCUUAUCAUUAUUAUCAUUACUGCAUUCACGCCGAAGCCGUUGUUGAACAAGCGUUUUCAGGUUUGGCGCGGGCAAGCGCGCAGCAGGAGGUGCUUACCAGUAUCUGCCCCGACCUCCCGCCUACACAGAGGCGGCGCCCUGCUGGAAACGCAUGUGCUCAAAAAAAGUGGCCUGAACACAAAGCCCC